CACACGUGUUCCAAAAUGUCCUGCUCUUCUGUUUUGGCGAUGUAGUCGUUAGUGCGAAGUAUUUAAAAAAAACUAAUAAAAAAGUUUUUUUUUUCCCCUUUUGAUUUAUACAGAAGAGAGAUAUACAGUAUAUUUUAUUUAGAGAUAUUUCACGAGACAUUAUGGCGCAGAGGAAGAAGAAGUUGUGGAAGAAGAAGAAGCACGGCGCGCACAGAGAGCCAGACAUGGACUCGGAUGGAGAAGAUUUCGAGUUAGCGGCUGAAAUUAAAGAUGACGUCAUAUUUGGUAAAAAGCUGCCUCGUUUCCCCACGUCGUCCGAGUGCCUGUCAGACGUAGAACCAGACACGCGAGAGAUGGUGCGUGCCCAGAACAAGAAAAAGAAAAAGUCUGGAGGCUUUCAGUCCAUGGGUCUUAGCUACCCCGUCUAUAAAGGCGUCAUGAAGAAGGGCUACAAUGUUCCGACACCCAUCCAAAGAAAGACUAUCCCCGUCAUCCUGGACGGUAAAGAUGUCGUGGCCAUGGCGAGGACGGGGAGCGGGAAGACGGCUGCGUUCCUGGUGCCCAUGUUCGAGAGGUUGAAGGGACCUCAAGCUCAGACGGGCGCCAGAGCUCUGAUCCUCACCCCCACGAGAGAGCUGGCUCUGCAGACCAUGAAGUUCACCAAAGAGCUGGGAAGGUUUACUGGGCUCAAAACGGCACUGAUCCUUGGUGGAGACAGCAUGGACGAUCAGUUUGCUGCUCUGCAUGAAAACCCGGACAUCAUCAUCGGUACUCCUGGCCGUCUGAUGCACGUCGUCAUGGAAAUGAACCUCAAACUGCAUAGCGUGGAGUACGUGGUGUUUGACGAAGCGGAUCGACUGUUUGAAAUGGGUUUUACUGAGCAACUGCAGGAGAUCAUCAGACGUCUCCCUGAAACUCGGCAGACCCUGCUGUUCUCCGCCACGCUGCCCAAACUGCUCGUGGAAUUCGCCAGAGCUGGAUUAACGGAUCCGGUUUUGGUCCGCCUUGAUGUCGACAGUAAGCUCAGUGAUCAGUUAAAGCUGUCGUUUUUUCACCUGCGUCUGGACGACAAGCCUGCGUUGUUGCUGUAUCUUCUGCGGAACGUCGUGAAGCCCCAGGAGCAGACGGUCGUAUUUGUCGCCACCAAACACCACGUGGAGUAUCUCAACCAGCUACUGACCUCACAAGGCAUCGAGUGCGCGUACAUAUACAGCGCUCUGGACCAAACCGCCAGGAAGAUCAACAUCGGUCGCUUUGUCCACCGCAAAGCAAUGGUGCUGCUGGUGACGGACGUGGCAGCUCGUGGUAUCGACAUCCCGCUCCUGGACAACGUCAUCAAUUACAACUUCCCCUCCAAGGGCAAGCUCUUUCUCCACAGAGUCGGUCGUGUAGCCCGUGCUGGCAGGAGUGGUAAAGCCUUCAGCCUCGUGUGCCUGGACGAAGUGGCCUUUGUUUAUGACCUUCACCUCUUCCUUGGAAAACCUUUGCACCUUGCAACCAUUGAUCACUCUGAGGAUGCUGAUGGAGUGCUCGGUCGUGUCCCACAGAGCAUCCUGGAUGACGAAGACGCGCAUGUCCUUGCGGCACACGAGAACUCUCUAGAACUCGAGAACCUCAAACGGGUUUCCGAGAACGCUUACAAGCAGUACCUAAAGUCUCGACCCAACCCCUCACCAGAAUCGAUCAAGCGGGUGAAAAACACAGAUCUCUCUUCAAUAGCCGUUCACCCACUGCUAGGGUCAGGACUCGAGAAGAUGGAGUUGGACAGACUGCAGAUAGUCGACUCCAUCAAGGCUUACAAGGCAAAGUCUACAAUAUUCGAGAUUAACUCCAACAACAAAACCAGCGCCAGUCAGAUAAUGAGGACGAAGCGUUCUCGGGACGGCCGUCUGGUUGACAAAUUCCAGAGGACUAAAGAAGAGAUGCAGGCCGAGACUCAGCAGAACCGGCCGGCUACUCGGACCUUAGCUAAAACACAACAGCACCGUGGGGAGGAAGUGGAGGAGGAGGAUGGUGAUGAAGACAUUCAGGGUGUGUUUUCGAAAGUGGUCGGAGGAAAGAAACGGAAACAAGACGAGAAUGUGGAUGGGGACAGACCCAAGAAGAAAAAGAACAGGGGGUCGGGUCGGGAUGAGGAGUUUUACAUCCCCUACAGACCCAAGGACUUUGAAUCAGAAAGAGGACUCAGUCUGGCAGCAGAAGGCAGCUCGUUUGAACACCAGGCCUCCUCUGCUGUUCUGGAUCUGAUGGGUGAUGAGAGCACCACGAUGGACCAGCACCAGAAGAUGAUGAGAUGGGAUCGCAAGAGGAAACGCUUUGUCCGGGAUACGGGAAAAGAAGACAAAAAGAACAAGAUCAAAACGGAGAGCGGGCAAGUGGUCAGCACCAAGAAGUCGAAGAAGAGCUUUUAUGAGGAAUGGAAGAAGAAGUACAAGGUGGACGAUGCAGACGAUUCAGAUGGAGAGGGUGGAGGAGGACGGGGACCCAAAUUUGGAGGUCAUCGCGGGAGACACAAAGCGGGCCCUCAGCCCAAGAACAAGGAUGGCUCACGGGUCCGUUCGGAGCUGAAGAGCAGCGAACAGAUCCUGAAACAGCGCAAACAACGCUCCAAGCAGCAGUUCCUGCAAAGCGGCGGCUUGAAGAAGCUACGUGGCCGAAGCAAGCAGCGAUUAAACGACGUCAUGAAGUCCGGCUUCGGCCGCGGGCGCUUCAAGAAAGGCAAGAUGAGGAAGAGACUGUGAGAGCUUGAAACCUAAACAAGAAACCCAACCUACUGUAGAGUUCAACCUACCACCGUAUUUAACAAGAACAUCAUGGUGACCUUCUUUUAAUUGAUAAAGUGCUUCAAAUGCGUCUCAGUCGCCCAGUUCUCUCAAUAGUUCCCUCUUUUUUUGGGGAAAUGAUAAAGGGAUGGCUUGUUGGUGAUAAAACUUGUUUAUGUCUUGAAACUGAGACCUAUAUUAAAAAAAAAAUAAAUCUGUAAAGAAAAAAGGUAAGCAAGCUUUGGAAAGUUUGAAAAGACUUCUCAAGAAAUCUUGGUGAACUGUAUGAUGACAAUGUUAAUUUUUUUGUUAUAUACAUAUGUAUUUUGAAAUCUGUUGCCAAUACAGAUACAAAUGA